AUGACUAAUUAUAUACCUGAGACAAAAACCUUCGGCAAAUUUGAUCCACUCUUCUAAAACAAAUAUGAGAAGGUUGGCCCUGAAUUUGGAUAAUUACAAUAAUAGAAAUCUGACUAUUUGGCUGCAAAUGUUGGGAAAUUUGAAGUACAACCAGAAAUCCCUUCAUUUAUCGAAGGACUAGUCAGAAGAACAGCCACCACAAGUCGUACUCCUGCAACAAUGGCAUGGUUCAGAAGAACAACAUCUUUUGAGAGGAAUGGAAUUUUCAACAUUCACACUCCAGUUAUGAAUACAAGAAUAUUGCCAUGGGUGUUUUUCAUCUUUAUUGCAUAUGGAUGGUAAGGAUACUAGAUUUCCUCAUGGAAUUCAGUUGUUAAGAAAGAUUCCAAUGAACCACGUAAUACACCAUAUGACAAACUUUCCUUAAGGGAAUUACCCCCUGCUAAGAAUUGGGCUAGACCUGGAUGAAAUAAAUAAUAUUCAUAAAAAACCAUCACCAAUAUGUUCUGGCA